UGCUUAACUUCACAGGUCACAACUACUGGUCAGUGUGCUAGUGCUUGUAGCAAUUGUUUGAUGCAUAUUUAUAUAAUAUACAAGUUAAUGUGGACAUAAUUAUGUGAAAAUGGAUGGUGUACUUCAAGCAGUUGUGAUUGAUAUACAUUAAAACGCAAAAUAUGAAGGAGAUAUAACUUUAGACAGAGGAAUGUUGUAACCAUGGCAACAGGACACGGCCAUCCUGGAUCAUCAUCUGAAAACAUUCUAAAGCAAGGUUAUCUGAAGAAAAGUGUACAAACAUCGGAUCCCAUACCAUCAGCUUCAAAACAAAUUGCAAAAAAUAUCAAACAGAGACUUGAACCAAGUCGCUGGUAUGUGUUUGUAGUUCGGAGCAGAAUACCAUUCCUGGAGUACUAUGACAGAGAGGAGAGUAUCUUUACGGGGCCUCCGAUUGAAUCGUACAAUCUGACAUCCUUCCAGAACCUCUCCUAUACUAUGGGACGGACAAACACAAACUACACAUUUUGUAUCUUUCUGGCAGAGAGGACUAUCGAGUUGACAGCUCCUAGCAGGACACAUAUGUUGGAAUGGUGUAGAUGUUUGGAGAGAAAUUUGAGAAACCUUGGACUCAGGGUGAGUAAAGUACCGGUGACAUUUUGGAUGUGACAUUCCUUUUAUUACAGCAGUGGGUUCUGUCUAUCCUUACAAUAGGUUACACCCAUUUCA